AUGUCCUCAGAGACUGGGGUUGUUUGUGACUCAGGCAGCAUUGGGGGCAGCAGUGGAUUUGCCAUUUCCAAGGAGAUGAGUCAGAAUGCCAUCAACAGUCUGACAAAGGACGACAUGGGGUCACAGGGGUCUGGGGGCGGAGUCUACUGUCAGAUCAAAGCCAUACGGGCCAAUCCCAGGGAGUCCAGCCAUAGGUCCAGCGGGAAAUGGACAUCUCGAUACACCAAUGGGAGUGUGGUCGCCCCUGAGGUGGUGGGCGGGGUCUGCACUGAGGGUGCUGAAGGCAAUGAGCCAAUCAGAGAGAGGAGGAGGGUCCAGUCUCUUAGAGGGGAGAAGUCUCGCCCUGGACUGAGGUCAGGGAGUCUGUCUCAGUCUGUGAGCUCUCAUGCCACGCCUCCAAGGCCCUGUAGAAUGAUGACAUCAUCAUCGCCCCGCCUCUGUGGAACCUGCGGGCGGAGACAGUCCCAGGCCCCACCCAUCUGCAUGGCAACAGCGUGCCGCAGGCGAGCGGCAAAUCAGAUCACAGAAAGCCAGACUCUACCGAUUCCUCCCCGGAAAAAGUCUGUGAACACAAAACCAGCAUCCCCUGUCCUUCAGACCCAACUCAAACCUACACCCCUCACCCCUUCCCUGCACCCCAAAGCAUCACCAGCACAGCCAAUGAAAUCAGAAGCCUCCAAAACCCAUGCUCCAUUAAAAGACGCCCAUGCUCCCCCUGCUGCCAAUCUGGCCCCACAAUGCAAUGGGGCUCCAGGGAGGCUGGUGGGGCUACAGGCGGGGGUCCAGGCGGGGGUACCCAGAGGGUUACAAGGGUGUGUGUCAGGGGGCCUCCACGGGCGUCUCCACAGUGUGGAGGAGAGUCUGCUCUCCAACCAGGAGAAGAUCAAGGUCCUCCUCAAUGUUAUCCAAGACCUGGAGAAGAGCAAGGCCCUCAGCGAAGGGCGCUGCUCAUACAGAACUGGCCAGGACAUCAACAACUGUCCCACCUGUCAGAAGACUGCCUGCAUUAUCUACAGUGUGGAGCAUGACUUCAGGCAGCAGGAAGGCAGGUUCCAGCCAGUGAUGGAGACUCUAGACAGGGACUAUGAUUUUCCCCUCCCUGUCCCCAAACCUGCCCCCGCCCACCCGAACACCAAGACCCUCGUCAAGAAGCUACGCAAGAAGUGCUUCUGGUGGCUGUAGACACACACAGACACACAGCCAUCGCCGGCGAUACAGUCGCCAUGAAGACAUUCCGGACUGCUAUUACCAUGGGGAUUGGACAGGUGUGUGUCUAUCUACCAUGGGGACUGCUCCUGUUUCAUUGUUGUUGCUAUGGGAACUGUACACCUGUUAUGGUAUCUAUGGAGAUCUAUGGUUCAUCUCUGACAUGGUUGGAGAACGAACAGUACGUCAGCCCACAACUAUGGGCUGAUUGAUAGUUACUUUAACCCAAAGUCUUGGUACAGUUACUGAGCUAUGGAUUUAGGGGAGACACUAAACAUUGACAAGAGUUCAGUCUAGAAGGCUGUGACAGCGGUGACCUUUCCUUAGUUCUAACAUCUGUCAGAUGAGAAUUCAUAGGUGAUGGACCAUGUCACAGUGAAGAGAGGAACUCUACUACCUAAACAGAGACGAUUCCAUCAUCAAGCCCUUUAGAGAGUGACAGGCCGUGCAACCAAUCAACAGUCUCCCAGACUUGACUGACAAAGCGAGGAUCCAUUCAGGAUUCCCUCCGAGUGCACCAAACACAAAGACAAUAAUAAACACUCCACUCUACGAGCUUCCAAUCUUCCACAAUGCUAUUGGUUAUAACCCAAGCUCAACCAUUUAGAAUCAGCCUUUGCUUCUAAGACCACGCCCUAUUUACUGUUUAACCAAUCAUCAGCACCAGACCCUAACCUGCCACAUCAGUGCUUUUUUAUAAACCAUCCCAGUGUAUGAUCUCCCACAAUGCUCUUCUUGUUCCUCUCACUGUGUUUCUGCAGCUGUUUGUAACAGUUAUAUUGGGAUCAAAUAAAGGUGUGUAUUUUAA